CGUUCACUAUUGUUAGAUAUAUUUGCACGCUUUUGGGAUUGUGCUUCCUUGGCAUGGAGUGACCACUGAUCAGCAUGCUACCGUGACUAUUAACUUCCGUUUGUAUUGUUCUUUUAUUUUCUGUCUCCCCCGGCUUCAGGAAGGCACCAGAGGAGGCGAAAUCGGCAUACAAGUGUCCACAAUCCUCUCUAGCUGGUGUAAUCAGCAAUAUGUCCGGCAGUGAGGACGACAGAGACGAUUUUGAACAUCGGUCUACGAUGCAAGACGAGGAUGACCUGGACGAGGAGUUGUCAGAAAAUGAUGCUCCAAAGGUGAAAAAGAAGAAGAAAGCCAAAAAAAGUAGCCGCGAGAGCAAAGGCAGCAAGAGGAAUCGCUCCCGGAGAGAGGAUAUCGGCAUCAGUUCUCCGGAGCCAGUGGAAGGCCCUGAUCCGGACGAUGGUGAAGACCGUUCAGAAAGCGAGGGUAGCGACUACACGCCUGGCAGGAAAAAGAAGAAAAGAGCCUGCACCACAAAGGACAAAAAAAGAAGCAGCUCUGGUGCCGACAGAAACUCAGCCGCUUCAAAACGGAGAGAACCUGAGGAAGAGGAAGACGAGGAUGAUGACGAUGCUGAGCCAAAAAGUUCCUCUCAGCUUUUGGAUACCUGGGGUAUGGAGGACAUCGAUCAUGUCUUCACUGAGGAAGACUAUAGGACUCUGACCAACUACAAAGCCUUCAGCCAGGUCAGUGAAGAGGACGAUGUUGACGUGGACAGUGACUUUGAUGAUGGCAGUAUGAACAGUGUGUCCGUUUCGAAUGGAUCAAAUAGCCGCAGUAGUCGCAGCAGCACUAAAAAGAAGCCCAAAAAGAAGACGAAAAAAGGUGAUGAUGAUGGUGAUGGAUAUGAGACGGAUCAUCAGGAUUACUGUGAGGUCUGUCAGCAGGGAGGAGAGAUCAUUCUCUGUGACACCUGUCCACGAGCUUAUCACAUGGUCUGCUUGGACCCUGAUAUGGAGAAAGCCCCGGAGGGCACCUGGAGCUGCCCACACUGUGAGAAGAUGGGCAUCCAGUGGGAGGCUCGUGAGGACGCGUCAGACGGCGAGGAGGAUAACGAGGCGGGAGGAGAGGCGGCGGAGGACGACCAUCACAUGGAGUUCUGUAGGGUGUGUAAAGACGGCGGAGAGCUGCUGUGCUGUGACUCCUGUCCCUCAUCAUACCACAUCCACUGCCUUAACCCACCGCUGCCCGAGAUUCCCAACGGAGAAUGGAUCUGCCCUCGCUGCACUUGUCCUACUAUGAAAGGUAAGGUGCGGAAGAUUCUGACCUGGCGCUGGAGUGAACCUCCUCCCCCGACCCCUGUGCCGCGGCCCAGUGACCUCCCAGCUGGUGCUCCCAACCCCAAACCAUUGGCUGGUCGCCCUGAUAGGGAGUUCUUCGUUAAAUGGCAUAAUAUGUCCUACUGGCACUGCUCCUGGGUUUCUGAGCUGCAGCUGGAGAUGCACUGUCAGGUGAUGUUCAGAAACUACCAGCGCAAGAACGACAUGGACGAACCCACACCCAUAGACUUCGGCGGCGAUGGAGAGGAGGAGAAGAGCGACAAGAGGAAGAAGAAAGACCCCACCUAUGCUAAGAUGGAGGAGAAGUACUACCGCUUUGGCAUCAAGAUGGAGUGGAUGAUGAUUCACCGUGUCCUGAACCAUAGUGUGGAUAAGAAGAAUAACUGUCACUACCUCAUCAAGUGGAGGGAUUUGACAUAUGAUCAAGCCACCUGGGAGGCAGAGGAUAUGGAUAUACCAGAGUUUGACACCUUCAAACUGCAGUACUGGAACCACAGGGAGUUGAUGAUGGGUGAUGAAGGUAAACCAGGAAAGAAGAUGAAGAUCAGAGGAAAGAUGCGGAAACUGGACCGACCUCCAGAGAACCCUGUGGUGGAUCCUACUAUUAAAUUUGACCGUCAGCCAGAGUAUCUGGACACUACGGGCGGGACGCUGCAUCCGUACCAGCUGGAGGGGCUCAACUGGCUCCGCUUCUCCUGGGCUCAGGGAACCGACACCAUCCUGGCAGACGAGAUGGGUCUGGGAAAGACCGUGCAAACUGCUGUUUUCCUCUAUUCACUGUAUAAAGAGGGUCAUUCGAAGGGUCCGUUCCUGGUGAGUGCCCCCCUGUCCACCAUCAUUAACUGGGAGCGAGAGUUUGAAAUGUGGGCCCCGGAUAUGUACGUCGUCACAUACGUCGGAGACAAAGACAGCAGGGCUGUCAUCAGAGAAAACGAGUUCUCCUUUGAGAACAACGCCAUCCGCGGUGGCAAGAAACCCUCUAAGAUGAAGAAAGAAGCCUCCGUGAAGUUCCAUGUGCUGUUGACCUCCUAUGAGUUGAUCACUAUUGACACGGCUGUUCUGGGCUCCAUCGACUGGGCUUGUUUGGUAGUUGACGAGGCCCACAGACUGAAGAAUAAUCAGUCAAAGUUUUUCAGGGUGCUGAACAACUACCCACUGCAGCAUAAGUUGUUGUUGACUGGAACUCCUCUACAGAACAACUUAGAAGAGCUUUUCCAUCUGCUUAACUUCCUCACACCAGAGAGAUUCAGUAAUCUUGAGGGUUUCUUGGAGGAGUUUGCCGACAUUGCCAAGGAGGACCAGAUCAAAAAGCUUCAUGACAUGCUGGGACCACACAUGCUCAGGCGACUCAAAGCUGACGUGUUCAAGCACAUGCCUUCCAAAACAGAGCUCAUCGUCCGAGUCGAGCUCAGCCCCAUGCAAAAGAAAUAUUACAAGUUCAUCCUGACCCGCAAUUUUGAGGCUCUGAACACUCGUAGUGGAGGAAACCAGGUUUCUCUGCUGAAUGUCGUUAUGGACCUCAAGAAGUGCUGUAAUCAUCCCUAUCUCUUCCCUGUUGCUGCUAUGGAAGCUGCCAAGAUGCCCAAUGGGAUGUACGAAGGCAGCGCCUUGACUAAAUCUUCUGGCAAACUGCUGCUACUGCACAAGAUGCUGCGGAAACUCAAGGAGGGCGGACACAGAGUGCUCAUCUUCUCUCAAAUGACCAAAAUGCUGGACCUGCUAGAAGACUUCCUGGAGAACGAGGGCUACAAAUAUGAGCGCAUUGAUGGAAGUAUCACAGGAGGCAUGAGACAGGAAGCCAUUGACCGCUUUAAUGCUCCUGGUGCUCCCCAGUUUGCUUUCCUGCUGUCGACCAGAGCCGGUGGUCUGGGUAUCAAUCUGGCAACCGCAGACACCGUCGUCAUCUAUGACUCUGACUGGAACCCUCACAAUGACAUUCAGGCCUUUAGCAGAGCUCACAGGAUUGGUCAAAACAAGAAAGUUAUGAUCUACCGCUUUGUAACCAAAGCCUCUGUAGAAGAGAGAAUUACUCAGGUGGCCAAGAAGAAGAUGAUGUUGACUCACUUGGUUGUGCGUCCUGGAUUGGGCUCAAAGACCGGUUCGAUGUCCAAACAGGAGCUUGAUGACAUUCUCAAAUUUGGUACAGAGGAGCUCUUCAAAGACGAGGCAGAAGGAGAGAAUAAAGAAGAGGACAGCAGCGUGAUCCACUAUGAUGACAAAGCAAUUGACCGGCUGCUGGAUCGUAACCAGGACGCCACAGAUGACACCGAGAUCCAGAGCAUGAACGAGUAUCUCAGCUCCUUCAAAGUGGCUCAGUAUGUGGUCAAGGAUGAGGAGGAAGCGGAAGAGGAAGUUCAGAGGGAGAUCAUCAAGCAGGAGGAAAGUGUGGAUCCAGAUUACUGGGAGAAACUGCUCCGACACCAUUACGAGCAGCAGCAGGAGGAUUUGGCUCGUAAUCUGGGCAAGGGCAAGCGAAUCCGCAAACAGGUCAACUACAACGAUGGCUCUCAGGAGGACAGAGACUGGCAGGAUGAUCAGUCUGAUGGCCAAUCAGAUUACUCUGUUGCUUCAGAGGAAGGAGAUGAGGACUUUGACGAACGAACAGAAGCUAAUUCACGGCGACCCAACAGAAAAGGCCUCCGAAAUGACAAAGACAAACCCCUGCCCCCCCUGCUGGCCAGAGUGAGCGGCAACAUUGAGGUGUUGGGUUUUAAUGCUCGUCAGAGGAAGGCCUUCCUGAACGCAGUGAUGCGUUAUGGGAUGCCACCUCAGGACGCCUUCACAACCCAGUGGCUAGUCAGAGACUUGCGUGGCAAAUCAGAGCGGGAGUUCAAGGCUUACGUCUCGCUCUUUAUGCGGCACUUGUGUGAGCCUGGUGCAGAUGGUGCUGAAAGCUUUGCCGAUGGCGUUCCCCGGGAGGGACUGUCGCGGCAACAUGUUCUUACUCGUAUUGGUGUGAUGUCGUUGAUCAGAAAGAAGGUACAAGAGUUUGAGCAUGUGAACGGUCAGUGGUCAAUGCCCUGGAUGAUGGAGCUGAACGAGAAUAAAAUAGCGUCCACCGCCAGCAGUCAGCCUGAUUCACCCAGCAAAACACCCUCUACUGGCACUCCAGCGGACACUCAGCCCAACACACCUGCUCCAGAUGGUGUUUCCAAAGCAGAAGAUGGUGGAAAAGAUGGCGAUAAAGAAAAGGUGAAAAAUGGAGACGGUGAGAAGGAUGCAAGUGAGAAUAAAGACAAUGAAGUCAUUGCCAUUCCUGAUGAAGAUGAAAAAGCUUCUUCUGCUUCUGAAGACAAAAGCAAAGACAAAGAGGAGAAGGACAAAAUGCCUGAAUCCUCUUCAGAGGGAGACAAGGCCGAUGGGAAGCAAGAUGAGAAAGAGGAAGAGAAAGGGAAGUCUGGAGACGCUGAUGAGAAGACCAACGACAGCAAGCCCAAAGGGUCUGAAGCUGAAAAGGAAACUUCAGACGCCAAAGGAGAAAAGAAGGACGAUGAACCUGAAAAGAUGGACACUACCCCUGUUACAGAUGAGAAGAAAGGUCAGAAGGACGAGAAGGAAUCUGUUAAGACGGAGGAAGCAGGAAAACUGCAGAACGGAGAGAGUGCCAAAGACAGCGCAGCAGGAGCAGUAACUGAAGAGAGGAAGAAAGCCAAAACACGGUUCAUGUUCAACAUCGCAGAUGGAGGAUUUACCGAAUUACACUCCCUGUGGCAGAAUGAGGAACGAGCCGCUACAGUCACCAAGAAGACCAAUGAGAUCUGGCAUCGUCGCCACGACUACUGGCUACUCGCUGGCAUCAUACAACACGGUUACGCUCGCUGGCAAGAUAUUCAGAAUGACAUCAGAUUCGCCAUUCUUAACGAACCCUUCAAGGGAGAGAUCAACAGAGGAAACUUCCUGGAGAUCAAGAACAAGUUUCUGGCCAGGAGAUUCAAGCUGCUUGAGCAGGCUCUGGUGAUUGAAGAACAGCUGCGCAGAGCUGCGUAUCUGAACAUGACUGAAGACCCUUCUCACCCCUCCAUGGCUCUCAACACACGCUUCAGUGAAGUGGAGUGUCUGGCCGAGUCCCACCAGCACCUGAGCAAGGAAUCCAUGUCCGGAAACAAACCUGCCAAUGCCGUCCUACAUAAAGUACUGAAACAGCUAGAAGAGUUGCUCAGUGACAUGAAAGCAGAUGUCACUCGUCUCCCGGCGACCAUCGCCAGGAUACCUCCUGUCGCCGUGAGGCUGCAGAUGUCUGAAAGAAACAUUCUCAGCCGUUUGGCCAGCAGAGGACCAGACACACAGUCUCAGCAGGUCCAGCAGUAGCCUGCAGCAGACGCCAGUCCACAGAGCGCCGCACACCAUGUCCACAUUCCUGAUUGCACAUGAUAUCUCGUCUUAGCUUGAAUCCACACCCUCGUACUGUCCGCUCGAACCUGGGGGCUACGGAUAUUUGAGCUGCUGUUUUUAUUAAUUUCCUAAUUAAUAUUGUUUACAUAAUAUUGUUGAUGAUGGGUUUUGGGACCUCAAUAA